AUGCCUGACACACCCCUCGACCAGAAGCCUGCAGAGAGGGAGCCAGAAUGCUUCAACUGCGGAGAAAAGGGCCAUUGGGUUACUGCUUGCCCUGAACCUAUUCGGCCAGAGCCUGUUGGCGUCAAGCGCUUCAGGGCGCAGAAGUCGCUGGAACUACAACAACCGAAACAGGACCAUGCACGCUCAGGAAGCAGAAAACCUCCGGUCAUUACUCGCUAUCCUCCUCCAGCGCUCCCGCCAGGAACACAUUAUGGCCAGCCGGCUCCUCCACCUCCUCCUUAUCCCCCCGGCGUCCCCCCUCCCCCUCCCCCUCAAGGCUAUCCCCAAGCCCCUUAUUCUUCGACCUCUUAUCCUGGGGGCUACCAGGCACCAACUCAACCAGUGCAAUAUGGACAGCAUGCGACGUCAGCUCCCCCGCCGCCUGCUACUUAUAGCCACCAAGCUCCUUAUGGCCAGCCCCAGUUCAAUAACUCGUACCCCGCUCAGCCAGGCUAUUACUCGCAACCUGCGGGGUCCCUACCUCCUCCUCCUCCUCCUCCUCCUCCCCCUCCUCCUCCUGGCCCAUCCUAUCCCCCUACCCCCUCUAUCCUCCGGGACCCCCAGGUUCAUACCCCCCUCCUCCUCCUCCUGGGGCUCACUACCCUCCUCCUCCGGGCUGGACCCCUCCGCAACAUGCCCCUCUGCCUCCUCCUGCAGUUGCUGCAAAUCAAACUCCGUCGGGUGGCCAUCGUGGAAGGCACCAGAAGGGCCCUGGGCAGAAACAGCAGCGGGACCACCAGCGGGACCGUCAGCGAUCGCAAGGACCGCCGAUCAGCAAAGGACGAUGGCAAGUCCAAGAGCGAGAAAGCUGAGGAGAAAAAACGCUCCUCGAAGAAAGAUGACGACAACGAUGGCGAGUGGGAUCCUACUUCUGAGGAGGAUAUGAAACAUGUCUUCCCCGAGAUCAAAGUCAAGCCUGCUGACCCCGUGGGCAUUCCUCUCCCUGCAGAGUACACAGAUGCUCCGACUAUCCCCCCAGCCUACAACGCGACCUGCCUUAAGUCUGAGUUCUUCAAGGAAGAUGACAAAGAAGAAUUCGCUCGCUCGAUCCGAGAACACCCAUGCUGGGCUACUCUGAGUAUUGAUCCGGCUUUUAGACAAUACCCGGGCAUGAUUCUUCGGCGUUUCCCCGAUAGCCAGCACGAGUAUCCGACCUAUGAGCCAUCGGCACCUCCCCCACCCGAUGCAAAGAUCAAGAUGCCGCCGAAGUUUAAGAUCGACAGGGCUGCUUUGAAGGAAGCUCUAGAAAAGCAAAAGGAGGACGGCUACUGGAAAGAUGACCGCAACGGCCACGCUUCCCAUCGUUCACCAUACAGCCGCGACAAGCAUGACAACGGGUAUGACAGAUACGGCAACUAUGACAGGGGCUACGGAGAUUCCCGGGACGAGCCAUAUUCACGUCAGCCCCGCAAACGAUCUGUCGACGAACCUUACGAUCAUGAUCAUGGCGAUCGAGACCCAAAACGUCGUCGGUGGUCGCACCACGAUCGUGAGCGAUCCAGAGAUCGCUGUUACAGGCCCAUGUCUCCCUGGGCCGGGUCACCACGCCGCAGACGCAGUCAAUCCCCGAGGUUCAACAUCUCCGCAGACCUUUGGGCCCCGCAAGCCGGUGAGGGUUCGCUGAGCCGUUCAAACGACCGCCGGUAUCCAGACUCUCAUACCGAUAACUGGCCGUCUUCGAGAGAUGGCAGGACAAGCUCUUUCAAGGAGAACCGCCAGGACAGUGGGUACCACAGCGCGCAAUCACAAGAAAGGGGCUCCUAUCGUGAGGGCGACCGCGACCGUUGGUUGUCAUCCUAUCGGCCCUAUCAACGGGAUAGAUCAUCAUCUCGCUGUCCAAGCCGCAUGCGCAGCAACAGCCGCAGCCGUAGUCACAGCCGCACUCCGAGUCGAAACCGCGUUCGGGGCCGUAGCAGGCUUCGGAGCCGGAGUCAUGGCAGGAAUAACCGGCCGUCUACGUCGGAUUCGAAGAACGGUGCCAAUCAAGAGGAGCGGGCUCGCAGCCCCUCACCGUUAACUGCUAUUGAGGCUGAGUUGCUUGGGUUGGCUGCUGGAUCGGAGUCUAAUGAGCCACCGGGAGAGCCCAAGCCGAAGCCCAAGCCGGCUGCGAAGAAGCCGAUUCGGCGGCCGCAGGUUGCGGAAGCUUUCAGUCGCCGUUGGUAA